ACGGUUUUUUUUUUUUUUGUUUGUUUUUUUGCGGGGGGUUUCAUAGGAAAUAGUAAACGUAAAUAGAUAUGGAAAACUGUUCUUCCAAGGGCUAGUUUGGCAUAUUGGUUCACACCAGAGGAGACGUGGAUCCUAGGAUUUGAUUUAUACACCCCAGUUCCUUGUGACUUAAAGUGUGGUCUGCAGACCAUCAGCCUCAGCAUCACCUAAGAGCUUAAUAGAAAAGCAGACUCUUGGACACUGCCCCAAACCUACUGGAUCAUAACCAGCAUUUUAAAGACCCCAGCCCCACCCCCAGGUGAUUUUAGUCACAUUAAAGUUUGAGAAGCGCUGCCCUUGUCCAUUGCUGCAGCCAUGAUACAGCAUAGAAAAUUCCAGAGGCUGUUUACAAGGGCACAAGAUGGAAGAAGACCUAGAGCCUGUAGCCAAACUUAGGGAACUUUUCCUCAGUGAAAGUAAAAAACAUCUGGAAUCUAAUACCAGAGGCUCUAAUGCCUUCAUAGCUGCACAAAUGCAAUAAAGAAAUACAUUCAAUUCAACUUGGAAACUAUAGAAAGUUAAAUAAGAGUUGGAUAAUAAGGUCAUGAAAGUCAUUUAAGAGAAGCCAUUUCAGAGAGCAUCACUGAACACAUUUCAAUUUUCUUUCUUUAAGUAAUGAGUCCUUUGGGGAUGAAAAGAGCCCAUAAAACAAAAGAUUUCCUUUUUGAAAAGUAACUUUGUAUUUUAUUUGUUUAAUAUGUUUUUCUUUUAAUCCUAGCCUUCUUAAUCUGCUUUGGCUUUCAUUGGAGUCAAUAGGAGCGUGAAAGAAUUGACCUCAUUUAAAAUUUCCUUUCAGCAAAUGGUCAAACCUUUGUUUUCUGCUCCAUUAUUUUCUAAACUGGUGCCUAAAAAUAAGGCUGUGCUUUAGGCGUGUGCUUGCCAUUUUAACCUCCUGUAAUUUCCUCAUCCACAUAUUACAUCUGUUUUCUGCUUCCCCAUGAACCUCAGCUCCUCACGCUCUCGGGGUCUGCUUCAUGUUCUUUUGACCGCUUGUAGAUGGUUGCAUGAUCAUUCUUAUGGUUAUAAUUCUUUGAGGAUUUUUUUGGUUGAGAUCUAAGCAGGUGAGAUAGCACAUGCUGCAUUUUUCCUGUUAAAGCAAUCCCACGUCAUACAUGCAUGAUCCCGUGGGUUCUAGAAGGAAAAAGCUAUGCAUCUGGGGAUUGUAAAUGACAAGCCCAAGAUAACCACAGGUAGGUAUAUUUAUAUCAGCCUCCAAAUCCUGAUAAGAAGAAAGAAAUACAGUUUGUUGUUUGACUUUCAAUGGGUACAAUUUUAAAAUUUAAUAGAAAUGCAGAAUUUGGCAUUAUAUGAUCAAUGCAUUCUCUCUGGAAAAUAUUAUAAAGGAUAAACACUGUAAUGUCAAAAGUGAGGGUCUUCCAACAGUAAUAAUUACUCUGCAGUAUUUGAAUGGUCAGUUGCUUUUAUGGUAUUUUAUAGCACUUUUUGCUUGCAGAAGCCUCAUUUAAUUUGGUAAAAUGACAUAACAUUCCCAUGUAUACAUAAGACCUCAAUCCCUAUUAUUGGGCUAAGUCAUAUUUACAGCUCACUUUUCAGGCUCAGGACAAUUUUAUUCUUGACGGUAUGAGGAAAAGCUUGUAUAAGAAACCACUUCCUCUGGCGCAGAAAUGAUGAGCGUUUGUGAUCCAUAAUGAAGACAUAAAAUAUUGUGCCCAUAAGAUGUGGGACCACUUCCAUUUCCUGUUUAGCAUUCUAACAGGGUAAUUUAGGUAAAUGGCUUUCUAAUUAUCGAAAAUGAUAAAUGGACCUAUAAAAAAAUCUCUCUUACAAGCAAGAAAAUGUAACCCAGUAUUCUGAUACAUUCUGUAAAACCCAUUUAAGCAACGCUCAAAUAAGGUGAGGACUGGGCAUUGUUAUUAAAAAUACUCAUCACAUCGGAGUCAGUUAGGAAAGAUAAGGGUGUUUUGAGGACCUGGCAUAAGGCGACUACUUGUAUUUGGGGCAUUUGAAAGAGGAGGCCGAUUGGUCCUUGGCCUUGAGAGCUGUACUUAAUUGAAGAGAUUAUGCACUAAGGCAUUUAAGAAUAUCUGUAAAACACUGGUAUAAACAGUUAAGUGCUCGGCCAUUAACCAAAAGUCUGGCAGCUGGAAUCCACCCAGAGGCACUCCGGAAGAAGGUUCUUGUGCUCUACUUCCAAAAAACUAACAUUGAAAACCCUAUGGAGCACAGUUCUACUCUGACACAGGAUGACCAUGAUUCAGAAUCCACUUGACAAUGGGUUUGGUUUUGCGGUUUUGUAAGCCAAGGGUCAGCAGUUCAAAUCCACCAGGUGCUCCUUGGAAACUCUACGGGGCAGUUCUACUCUGUCCUAUAGGGUCGCUAUGAGUCGGAAUCGAGUUGAUGGCACUGGGUUGGGUUUUAAGCCUUCUAUAAAAAAAUUGCCACAGAGUCAAUUCCAACUCAUAGAGACCUAUAGAACAGAGUAGAACCGCCCUUUAGGGUUUCCAAGGAGCAGCUGGUGGAUUCGAAUUGCUGACCUUUUGGUUAGCAGCCAAGCUCUUAACCACUGCGCCACCAGGACUGCGUGAGAGGAAACUAUCUAUAAAAAAAAUGUAAAAUGUUUUUAUUUCACUGGAAGAGUUUUGCAUUGAUUGUAGAUUCAAGAAUUCUCAUGAGAAAACCAAAUACAGAAGAAACUAAUACAUAUAGAGAGAGAUAGAGAGAAGAAAAAGAAAAGAAACCAUGUGGAGGGAGAGGGAUAGUUGGAAACAUUAGGACUUUUGGGGAGCUGUAGCUUGAAAGCCUUUGGCAAAAUGGACCCUAAUGGGCCGUGCAUUCCCGUCCUCCCAGGGCCCUGCUUCUGCCUCAGGAGGGAAGCACAGGAGGGAGUUGUCACCUCCUUCACUGCCUUCACUGUUUUGGGCAGAGGUACAAGGGCUCUCCUGGAGUCAUGCAAUGAUGGGAAAGAAUUUUCCUGAUGGGGGUCUGGUCAGACUUGCGUUUGGGGGAGGGGAAAGAACUUACAGCCAAAAGCCACCAGACUUCCCUAAGGAUUUUGGUCUUCAUGUUGAGUUUGGAGAUUAAACAUGCAGAACAUUGCCCAGGCCGCCGAUGAGCCCUCUGCAGCUCCUGCCCGCCGGAGAGGAAGCAGGAACCGGCGUUCAGCUGCCUGUGGUCGCCUGCUCCCUGCCCACCCCCACCCUGGAGAGGUGCGGGCUGAGAACUGGGCAGACACAGCACAUGCUCUUGUGCAAACAAAAGACCGAAACAAUUAGUAGCCACUGGAACACGAUGCUAUGUCUGGAAAUUGAGGGUGAUUGUUUCUCCCUCAUUGUGUGCAGCAUCCUUUUGAGAUUGUUUGGGGAGGGAUUUUUGUCAGAUUGGACAAUUGUGAUUAAUAGGGAAGCCAGCCUGUGUGAAUGCAUUUUUCUCAGUUGCUUUCCCAUCUGUGCGAACAGACCGCUCAGUGCCAGAGCUGCGAGACCUUGAGAGAUGAGCUGGUCCAGCCCCAUUAUUUUAGCUGAUGAGCAAAAAUAGACCCAGAGAGGGCAAGAGGCUUACCCCACACUGCAUAAGGAGUCAGCCCAAAACCAGGUCUAGAACCAAGCCAUUGGAUACCGUUUCCCCUGGCUAACACAAUGCCACUCUGUCCACCAUUCAAUUCAACAGCUUUUUAUUGACUCUUACCAUGUCUGCCAGAAUGGGGUUUCUAAGAUGAGUAAGACAUGGUUUCCAGGAGGAACUCAUAGUCUGGGAGGGUGAGAGAAAGACAGCUACUUAGAUAGCCCGUCUUUUUUUUUUUUUUUUAAUUUUAAUUAAGACAGGAAUGAACACAGGUACAUAAACAUAGAGGAAGAACACUUGGGCCAUUCGAGAAGUUCUGGAAGGAGUCCCUGGCUGGUGCAAACUGUUAACAUACUUGGCUGCUAACCAAAAGGUUAGAGGUUCAAGUCCACCCAGAGGCUCUUCGGAAAAAAGUCUUGGCAAUCUUCUUCUGAAAAGUCAUCCACUGAGAAGCCCGUAGAGCGCAAUCCUCCUCUGACACACGUGGGGCCACCAGGAGUCAGAGCUGACUCAGCGAUAAUGUAAAGAAAGAGUUUGGGAGGAGAUGCCAUUUGAGCUGAUGCUUAAAGAAUUAGUGAGGAUGAACCCGGGGAAGAAGGUUGGAAAGGGCAGGUCAGAAGAGAGAGCGGCAUGAGCCUGGCUGUUCUGUAUUUUCUAUAAACCAGCUCCCUGUGGUCCUCUAUUGAGAAGCAGUAUGGUCUUCACCUUUAAUUCAGUAAUCUCAUUUCUCUUAAAAUUGUAGAGGGCAAUGAGUGUUCUGAAUUUUCCUUUUUCUAUUUCAUUAAGUGGAAGAUUGGCCUAAAAUGUUUGGCUAGAGAGAAAUAGAAAAGCCAGUCCCAGCUUGAAUUGCUUGAAUCGGAUUCAACAAGGAUCUCAGAUGUUCCUGCUCAUGACUUCAGCUCUCUUUGGAAGCUACCUGAACAUUUUCGGGCCACUGAAUGAGUUUUAGCUUUAGUUGAUCUAAAGACUGUCUCGAUAACCUGAAAGGCAGGUUUGAAAACCAUGGGCUAAACGAGAUGCUGAAUGAAAGGUGUGUGCUAUGACUUCCUGCUCCUCCUUGUUUCCAGGGACUUCACACCCCAAAUCUUGUCAUUACACACUGCACGCAGCCUUCUGUAUAAUGCUGUAAAUGCCUGUGAAGGGAGAGGGUGAGCCAGUGGAUCAGAAGCCCCAUGUUACAUGGAGCUAAGUGGGCAAAGAGCAGAGAAGAUAGAGCUACAGUAGAAGCCUUUUGUCUUUGGGCCUAGCCUCAUGUCCUUUGAUCUUUUCCCAUGAGCUGUAAAAUCAAGCAACAAAUAUUGAUUGGGCAUCUUCUGAGUACAAAGCAUUGUGCUAAGAGCUUUGGGGAUGGAAAGAAUGAAAAGAUACUAUCCUUCACCACAAGUACCUUAUAUUCUCGUUCAGGGCACAUUUUGUGACAAGGCCUCAUGCCAUAUAACAUAGAACUCUACUACGUAUUUACUUAGUGGCCCUGUUACCAUUAGCAAAUUGCCUUGUCAAGUCUGAGUUUCAGUUUCCUCAUCUGUAAAAUGGGGACACAACUUACAAGGAAGUGGUGAGAUUAAAUGACAUAAUCUAUGUAAAGUGCCUAGCAUAAUGCCUGACAUGUAAUGCUCAGUAAAUAUUAGCUGUCAUAGUGAUCAUAUCAUCAUUGUAGGGGAACUAAAUUUUGUUGUUUUCAUUGACACUUCCACAUGGAUGUUUAAUAAAAACCCAAACCUGUUGCUAUGUAGUCGAUUCUUGCUCAUAGCAACCCUAUAGGACAGGGUAAAGCUGCCUCAUAGGGUUUCCUAGGCUGUAAAUUUUACAGGAGCAGAUCACGAGGUCUUUUCUCCUUCAGAGGCAUUGAUGGGUUUGAACUACUGAUCUUUUGGUUAGCAGCCAAGCUCUUAACCAUUGUGCCACCAGGGCUCCUUAUAGAUAGAUAUAACCUGUUGCCAUUGAGUUGACUCUGACUAAUAAAAAAAAAAAAAAUUUUUUUUUUUUUUUAAUAGUGACCCUAUAAUACAGAACUGCCCCCAUAGGGUUUCCAAGACUAUAAUCUUUAAGGAGGCAGACUGCCAUAUCUUCCUCCUACAGAAUGACUGGUGGGUUCAAACCACUGACCUUUCGGUUGGCAGCCAAGCUCUUAACCACUGCACCACAAGGGCUCCUUAAUUUUUAAUAGGCAGCUCAGACUUAACAUGUCCAAAAUGGAAGUCCUAAUUAUUUCAAACUGGUUCUCUACUCAUUAUUACCAUCUGAGUAAAUGGCAUCGCCAUAUAACCAGCUGCUCAAGUCAAAGAAUUAGAAGACAUCUUUGAUUCCCUUCCUGUUCUUCUUCCUUAAUUUCCAGCCAACUGACAAGUUUGUGCUGCCUUCAAGAUACAUUCUGAAUUGGUCUACUUCUUAACAUCUCCACUGCCACCACUCUCGCCUAAGGCACCAUGUCAUCUCUUGUUUAGACUGCAGGCCCCUGCCUACCCACCCUUCCAUUCCCCCACUAAGUUCCAGUGACACAGGCCACCUUUCUCUACCUUCACCUUGCCAAGCCCUUUCCUACGUCAGGGCCUUUGCAUUAGCAGUCCCAUUUGCUAGGAAUGCCUCCCCACCCCUGCCAAUAGCUCCUUAGCUUCUUCCUUUCGCAAAUCAGGCCUCUCUUCAAAAGUCACUCCCACAGAGAGGCCUUCCUGACACCCCACCCUUCUCCCCCACUCAGUUUCUUGUAUCACAGCACUCUGUUUUGUGCAUUCUGGAACAUCUCUAAGGGUGAGUUAGUAGGGCCAGCAGAUUAAUUUAUUGUGGGUUAGCAGCUUUUUUAUUCUUUAAAUCUUCUCCUUCUCUUUUUAGUAUUUUAAGGAGCAGAUAAUUUUACAAGUGCAAAUUUAUCAAUUAGAUAUGGCAUGACUACCUAACAUAUUAUUUGUUGGCUCCCUCACCUAAAAGAUUGCCAGCUCCCCAAGAACAGGGACUUUGUCUUGUUCACUUCUGGGCCCCCAGUGCCAAGAAGUGUCAGUCCCAUAGUAGCUGCUUAAUUAAUUUGGUGAAUGAUCAAAUGUGAUAAAUGAAUAAGCAAGUGGACGUUCAAUUCUAGUAGGCUUGGAUAGCUCUAUCUUGUCCAUAGACACAUUAAACCCAAAUGAGAGAAUUCAUAGGUUUAAGCUAAUUGUCUAAAGGCUCCUCUUGAUAUCCGUAGGCAAAUGAUGACCAAUUCAUCUUGAACAGUAAGUGAUCAUUCCUUUGUUUUCUUGGCUGCUCCAAGAGUAAUUCAGGUUUUUAUGUCAAUUCAAAUUUGGUUCUUGUCUUCUAGUUUUCCUACAAGAGAAGAAAAGUUAGUUUGCUUAUUUGUGUUUAUACUUAACGGGAAGGUUUUUAUGUCAUAACAAGGAUAUUAUUUCCUCCUUAAAAUGGACUUAUGGUAAAGUCUGCUAAAAUUGAUGGUUUACUGUGUGCUUGAUACUGUUCUAAUUCCUUUACAUAUAUCAAUUCAUGUUUAUAACAGCUGCAUGUGGUGUUAUUAUUAUUAUGGUUUCCAUUUUACAGAUAAAGAAAUUGAGGAACAGAGAGGCUAAGUAACUUGCCUAAGGUCACACUGCUAGUAAGUAGGAGAGCCAAGAGCAUUCUUAACCCCUAAACGCUAUUGCCUGUAAUGGCACGUCAACAAACAAACAUAUCACCUUUGACGUCCCCAGGGUGCCUUCACCAAAUAUCUGAGACAGAAGUCAAGCCCUUGUCCUUAUCCUCAAAUUACCCUGAAGGAAACUAAGGCUCACAGAGUGAGGUGACUUGACUGGAAUCAUACAGCUGGGCAGUCAUAGAGGCUGAUGAGAAGCAGUGAUCCCUGAAGCAAUCGGUGCAGUCUCUCACAGUGAUUUCCAGACUUCUCCCCUCUGCCUGUGAGUGAGGAACCAACACAGCAAUCAGAACCCCGGGCACAACGGAGAAGGAAAGCCUGCCCAGUGGAGCAAAAUGAGCGCGCAGUGAGCCAGCUCAGCCUCUCUCCCAGCGGUCCCCGACGCCCACCAUGAACCACUUAGAGGGGUCCGCGGAGGUGGAAGUGACUGACGAGGCGGCAGGUGGGGAGGUGAACGAGUCGGUGGAGGCCGACCUGGAGCACCCCGAGGUGGAAGAGGAACAGCAGCAGCAGCAGCGCCAUGCAGACGGCCACCCGCGCGGGCGCGCCGUCGAGGACCUCCGCGCCCAGCUGGGGCAGCAGGAGGAGGAGGAGCGCGGCGAGUGCCUGGCACGCUCGGCCAGCACCGAGAGCGGCUUCCACAACCACACAGACACGGCCGAGGGAGACGUGAUCGCCGCGGCCCGCGAUGGCUACGACUCGGAGCGCGCGCAGGACCCCGCGCAGGACCCCGAGGACGAGAGCGCAUACGCCGUGCAAUACCGGCCCGAGGCCGAGGAGUACACGGAGCAGGCAGAGGCCGAGCACGCUGAAGCCACGCACCGCCGCGCGCUGCCCAACCACCUGCAUUUCCACUCUCUGGAGCACGAGGAGGCCAUGAACGCAGCCUACUCGGGCUACGUCUACACGCACCGGCUCUUCCACCGCAGCGAGGACGAGCCCUACGCCGAGCCCUACGCCGACUACGGAGGCCUCCAGGAGCACGUGUACGAGGAGAUCGGGGACGCGCCCGAGCUGGACACGCGAGACGGCCUGCGGCUGUACGAGCAGGAGCGCGACGAGGCGGCGGCGUAUCGCCAGGAGGCCCUGGGUGCGCGGCUGCACCACUACGAUGAGCGCUCUGAUGGCGAGUCCGACAGCCCAGAGAAGGAGGCCGAAUUCGCGCCUUACCCGCGCAUGGACAGCUACGAGCAGGAGGAGGACAUAGACCAGAUCGUGGCCGAAGUCAAGCAGAGCAUGAGCUCGCAGAGCCUCGAUAAGGCGGCCGAGGACAUGCCCGAGGCCGAGCAGGACCUGGAGCGCGCCCCUACCCCGGGCGGGGGCCGCCCGGACAGCCCUGGGUUGCAGGCGCCGCGGGCGGUGGGCACUGCAGGCAGCGGCGAGGCGGUGCAGCGGUACAGCAAGGAGAAGAGGGAUGCCAUCUCGCUGGCCAUCAAGGACAUCAAGGAGGCCAUCGAAGAGGUGAAAACCAGGACCAUCCGUUCGCCUUACACUCCCGACGAGCCCAAAGAGCCCAUCUGGGUCAUGCGUCAGGACAUUAGCCCCACCAGGGACUGUGACGACCAGAGGCCGUUAGAUGGAGAUUCUCCAUCUCCUGGCAGUUCCUCACCCUUGGGUGCAGAGUCCUCCAGUAUACUCCAUCAUCCCAGUGACCCUGCGGAAGCCUCCACAAAUAAAGAGUCAAGAAAAAGCUUGGCAUCCUUCCCCACCUACGUUGAAGUUCCUGGACCUUGUGACCCUGAAGACUUGAUCGAUGGAAUCAUUUUUGCUGCCAAUUACCUUGGCUCCACCCAGCUGCUCUCAGACAAAACUCCUUCCAAAAACGUGCGCAUGAUGCAGGCCCAGGAAGCAGUAAGCAGGAUCAAGAUGGCCCAGAAAUUAGCCAAAAGCAGGAAGAAGGCUCCUGAAGGCGAAUCUCAGCCAAUGACAGAGGUGGAUCUCUUCAUUUCUACCCAGAGAAUCAAAGUAUUGAAUGCUGACACACAGGAGACAAUGAUGGACCACCCCCUGAGGACCAUCUCCUACAUCGCAGACAUCGGGAACAUCGUCGUGCUUAUGGCCCGCAGGCGGAUGCCCCGCUCCAACUCCCAGGAGAACGUGGAAGCCUCCCACCCUUCCCAGGACGGGAAAAGGCAGUACAAGAUGAUCUGCCACGUGUUCGAGUCGGAGGAUGCCCAACUGAUCGCACAGUCCAUUGGUCAGGCAUUUAGUGUGGCAUACCAGGAAUUCCUCAGGGCCAAUGGGAUUAACCCCGAAGACCUCAGCCAGAAGGAGUAUAGUGACCUGCUCAAUACCCAGGACAUGUACAAUGACGACCUGAUCCACUUCUCCAAGUCUGAAAACUGCAAAGAUGUAUUCAUAGAGAAGCAGAAAGGAGAAAUCCUAGGUGUGGUGAUUGUGGAGUCCGGCUGGGGGUCCAUCCUGCCAACCGUGAUCAUAGCCAACAUGAUGCACGGAGGCCCUGCAGAGAAGUCGGGGAAGCUGAAUAUUGGGGACCAGAUCAUGUCUAUUAACGGCACUAGCCUGGUGGGCCUGCCCUUGUCCACCUGCCAGAGUAUUAUUAAGGGCUUAAAGAACCAGUCCCGAGUCAAGCUGAACAUCGUGAGGUGUCCUCCUGUAACCACCGUGCUGAUCCGGAGGCCCGACCUGCGCUACCAGCUGGGGUUCAGCGUCCAGAACGGAAUUAUCUGCAGCCUCAUGCGAGGAGGAAUAGCCGAGAGAGGAGGCGUUCGUGUGGGACAUCGGAUCAUUGAAAUCAACGGACAGAGUGUCGUCGCCACCCCCCACGAGAAGAUCGUCCACAUUCUUUCCAAUGCUGUUGGGGAGAUCCACAUGAAGACGAUGCCAGCCGCCAUGUACAGGCUGCUAACGGCCCAGGAGCAGCCAGUUUACAUCUGAGCGCUGGCGCCCUGACGCACCUCGCGGCAUGCAUGGAGGACUCUCCUCACUUGUGGUUGUGUGUCUAGUGCUGCAUCUGUGUGUCCACUGCGACAUUUCCCUCUCGCACUCAGCAUUGGGUUGUGCACAGGGAGAGGAGAAUCCGCAAGGACCUCUUCGGUCUCUGUCUCUCUCCAGUUUGUAUUUCUUUUAAUCCAGGGAAGUUUUGUGUGUACUCGUUUGAGAAUGGAGAGCUGCCCCAAUCCUCCCAGGACCCUCUUGAAGGGCCCUCUUGCUGGGGGGGGGGGGUGUACCCCGAGGAGGGCUGUUGCUGCCCAGCAGGGAAUCAUCCUUUCCCAGGAGGCGCAGAUGUUGUAGAAGGACCUUCUGGGGCGGUGGAGAAGCUGAUUCAGCAGUGCCCAAAAUCCAGUUGCUGAUCUACGCUCUCCUCACCUGGAUGUAUAGGAAUAUGGUGGUGACGGGGGCAGCCCAUGGCUUUGAGGAUAUGCACUGCCCACAGUGUGGUGGGCACAAUACAUUGUCUCCACCCGGAAUUUCUGAGCCAACUUAAACCCAUUCUGUAGCUAGUUUUAGUUUCAACAUACUUGUGUUUCUAAUAACAUGGGCCUUAGGAGCUGCCUUGCACAAGGACACCAUAGCCUCGCAGAGAGCUUGGCAAUUCAUGGGGCAUCCAAAGCCUCCAUAGGUUGUCCCAAGGUUACCGGCCCCUGGAUCAACACAGGCAGGUUUCAUCUGCCUCUCCUGUAUCUCACUGUCACACACACACACACACACACACACACAGUCACACUUGUAUCUCACCCUUCCCUCCGCCCCACCACCAAUAAGAUAAGCUGAAAGUGCCCCCCUUGGGACCUGCCUCUGAUAGCACACAGAGCCCUUGGACCACCCACAUGGCCUCUCUGGUGGCCCCUUGCCCUGACAGGCGGGUGGCACAAAAACUGGUUGGCCUUGUGCUGCACUAUCCCUUUCUGGUUGAGGCUUGGACCUCCCAGACCACCUAGGCUCAAAGUGUCCCCCUCUGAGGGAGUGGACCCCACUACCCCCAUACACACAGACACACACACACACACGGAGUCUGGGAAGGACGGACUGUCCCCCUUGAGGACUAGGGCCCGGGUCCUCAUGUGAGGGCACAGGCAUGUUACAUUUUCCGGCCCAAGGCUGGACCAACUCUCUUUUCUGCUCAGCCUGUGCCAUUGGAAAGGCCAGAACAGAACAUAAGCCACAAAACUAAGGGGACAGUAAUGACCUCAACCUAUGCCUAAGAAUCCCCAAUGUGUCCUAGAAACAUCUUCUCGCUGCCUCGUGGGUCUGAGAGUGUUGACUGGUGUGGAAUGUUCCUUGUUUUCAUCAGGUGCCUCAUAUUUAUGGAUUCCGUCACCGUCGGUGCAGAUGUUUUAGUAAUCUUAUUAUUCUGAGCCAGUUUUUCACUUCUUCUUGGUCCAAAGAGCAUUUGGUUUUCAUGUGGGGUGUGAUUGUGUUUUGGUUUUUUGUUGUUUUGUUUUUGUUGUUCAUGACCUCAGUAGAGACAGGGGAAGAGAAACUAAUAUAUUUUAUAAUAUUGAUAUAAUCCCUGUCCUCUGCAUCUGGGAUAUUUAUGUUGUGUCUUGUGGAAAUAGGAUCUCAGCAAGCAAAUGUUAGGGAGGAUAUAUUUAUACGUAGGGUAGAGGAGCUCCCGGGAGGGAGGAAAGUAAAUUAAACAGAUGAGGAAAAAGAGGCGUCAAUUAGAGAGCCACGUGGUCAGUUCCCCUAGGCUCUUUGCACCUUCUGAAGUUUCUGCUUAGCACCAGGAAAGCUGAAGGCCUCAGAGAAAUCAGAAGCUGACCUCUCUGUUUUUCUGUGGUGCAACCAGUCAUAACAAAGAGGCUGCUGGCCACCCAAAAGUCCUCUCAGAGCACUGCGCAGUGGGAUGGGGGAGCCGGGCUGGGCGGUUAGACCCUCUGGACUUAGGGCUCGGAGCAGAGUGCUGCUGGGGGUGGGGGGCACCCCCAAGGUUGACCCACCACAAAUGCAGGAGCCCAGAACUGUGGCUCCAGGUUCUUAGUUUGCCUGUCCUGAAAUAACCAAGCUAUAGAGUUUCCGAUGUUAUGCUGAAGUACUAAAAAAAAAAAAAUUUUUUUUUUUUUUUUUUAAGAGCCACAAAUUUAUGCUUCCUCAGCCAAACAGAGAGUGGGUAAAACAGGAAUGAGUUGUCCUUGGGGAUAUUUCAGGCAUCAGGAGCCUUAGCAAAUCACUGGAGGGGCUUUUGCCUGUCUGCUCACAGGGGGACCCACCUGCCUGGGCACCUGUAAUAGCACCAGAUAGGACAACUGGAACCGCAGGGGCUACCCUUAUGGCCGAGGGAAGGGAGCCCAGCCAGUACAUCCCUAUGUAGCUGCCCAGUAAUACAAUCAGGCGUUUUCACCUAAAGGAGGGAGGAGGGAGAAAAUGCUUUUUCUUCCUGUUGCACAAACAUCUUGGCAUGUUUGAGAGGUGCUGAGAGAGACAGUUGUGUGAGCCCUCCUAGAAGCCUUUUAGCAUAAGAUUAUUUAUCCACCGCAUGCUUCUAGGUUCAUAUCACUGGUUUCUCACCCCCAGAGUGAACAUCGCUGGGGCUUGGAAUAGGUUCACCCAACUGAAGUGGGUUCUCUUUCCCCUGCUACCCUUGGACAGAGGGCGCUAACCUAUGUUUGGUUAACUUAGGAGUCACCAGUAACCAGUUGCCAUCCAUUCUGACUUGUGGCGACCCCAUGUGUUUCAGAGUAGAACUGCUCCAUAGGGUUUCUAUGGCUGUGACCUUUCAGAAGCAGACCACCAGGCUUUUCUUCCGAGGCACCCCUGGGUGGGUUUGGACCAUCAACCUUUCAGAUAGUAGGCCAGCAUUUAAUCAUUUGCAUCACCCAGGAACUCCAACUUAAGAGUAAACCAAAAAAGCCAACCCCAUUGCUCUCGAGUCCAUUCCCACUCAUAGCAACUCUAUAGGACAGAGUGGAACUGUCCGACAGGGUUUCCAAGGCUGGAAAUCUUUAUGGGAGCAGACUGCCACAUCGUUCUCCCACAGAGUGGCUGCUGGUGGAUUCAGACUGCCAACCUUUCAGUUAGCAGCCACGCACUUAACCACUGUACCACCAGGGCUCCUUAGGAAUAGGAGUCUUAAAUAUUAAAUUCUAGUAUUUAGUAACUCCAAUUUUGGAAGUCCCCUGAGAAGAGGUGGUUUACUUCCCUUUUGAUGCUCCAAUAUAGAUAGGUAUAUAAAUACAUAUACACCCUGUGCCGUAUUUUUAAGCAAAUAACACGCACCUUCUGUGUUUGUUUGCCAGCCUCACCCUCCACCAGUGAGAUAUUUUCAUAAGUGCCAUGGCAGCACUUCUGAGGGUGCCUCACAGGGGGAGGGACUGACCAGCAAACAAACGCAGAAGGCAUGCGGUAUUUGUGUAAAAUGAGGCAUACCUGGGAAGACCAUGUACAGAGCAGCCUUCCCCACCAUUGCCUGGGCAAAAAGCCACUCUUGGCACUUGGCUAGGACAUGCUGGUGACUCCACUUUGGGGACCAACUCCCAGGUCUGCCUAUCCCUCCUGGCCUUGCCAGGAUGCACCAGAACCUACCCUGCUUCUGCCCUCACAAAUGUGAGCAUUUCAGGGAGCCACCGUCAGCCUUGGGUUCAUAAGAGGAGGAAACCCCAAAUGACCGAUACCCGGAGCACAGUUCUCAAGCAGCACCUCCCUCCCCUCCCCAGAGUGACUCUGCGUUCCCAAGGGCCGGUUUGCUUUCAGCUCAUUGCCCAUCAACACUGGCCCUCCAAGAGUCCCACAGUAACCUACUACCUCCCCCCACGCUCCUCUGACCCUGCAGCAGCCCCAUGCGCGCAGGCACUCACUGUCCACACGCUGGUGAAAACCUGUCCCCAGGCCCUUCUUGGGUCUCUCGACUGGUGGUGUAGCUGUUACCAAUGUUUACAUGCAGGGGCUGCCUCGUCCUUAUUUCUCCCCUCCCUCAUCCACAAGGCCACUUGUCAGUGUGCAUGUCCCAUCUGUCUUCUCCUUCCCUGGUUUGGGUUGACUGGAGCACACGAUUUGGGCUUUUAUUUCCUCCUCCCUCCAGGCAGUGUGUGAGGACUGUGGGAACGGAACUCCGUGUACAUAGCACAGCACCUAGAGUAUCAACUUGUACUUUUGUUCUGUAAAGAGGGUGGCAUAGAGCUUAUUGUAAAGCGUCAGGAGAAGUCUAGUAUUGUAUUUGUAACAAUAUCGUUCUUUGUAUACACAGAACUCAACAUCUCUAUAUAUAAAUAUAAAUAAAUAUAUAAAGAAGAUAUCUAUCCCCGUGAGUCUGGAAUGUCGACAUCGCACUCCCAAUGAAUGUUAGGGCCCCGCCCUCCUUCCCCUCCUCUGUCGCGUGGCAGAAGUCGUUUGGUUUGGGGGUCGUGAUGUAUUUGAUGUGCUAGCUCUCCUUAUUUAACUGAACGCUAAUGUCUGUAAGAGUUGCAGCAACAAUAAACAAGAACUUCACCUCUCGGCUCCACUGAGUGUCUUACUGUUGCAGGGGAGGGAGGGGACCCCGGGUGACAGGAGGGUUUUGUUUUCUUAACGGGCCAACUCCUGUUCAUCCAAUGAGGGCUGCUUGCUGCCCAGAACCCAGCGUUUUCUAAAUGGGCUUCUAUUCUGUGAAACGGAGCUGGUUCUAAACAUGAAAGGCUUCGUUUGGCUGUUACAGCUGAUAUCCCAUGAUCUGGUUGGUCUCCUUCGAGAACACUGUGAAGGGGAGAAGGGAACCCUUUGGGUUUCAUAUCGUGCAUCCUCAAUGGUCUAGAGGUCACUGGUGAUUCAGUGGUAGAAUUCUCACCUUCCAUGCUGUAGACCCAGGUUCGAUUCCUGGCCAGUGCGCCUUAUGCACAGCCACCACCCAUUUGUCAGUGGAGGCGUGGUGCAUGUUGCUAUGAUGCUGAACAGGUUUCAGCAGAGCUUCCAGACUAAGACCAGGAAGAAAGGUCUGGAGAUCUACUUUAAAAAAUAAGCCAGUUAAAACCCCAUGGAUUACACCUGUCCAAUCCACAACCGAUCAUGAGGAUGGCAUAGAACCAGGCAGCUUUUCAUUCUGUUGACAUGGGGCUCCCAUGAGUCAAGUUGACUCAAUGGCAGCUAACAACAACUGUCCUCAAUGAGGGAAGGGAAACCGGAGUUAAUUAUCUCCCCAAGAAAUCUCCAAUGAGGGGAGGUAGCCCUUGCUAAGGGACUCAAGUGUGUAGUAGUGUUGGAAGAGAAACAGUUGCCCUGGGGAGACCUACCUGAAGGUUCCCUGAUAAGGUUCCGGAAGAUUCUUCUCCCAGUGCUUUUUGCAAUUCCACUUUUUGAAGCUUGCUGGGGUGAAUUCCCUCCUGGCAGGGAUGUGCUGAGGAGACUGGUCUCCCCAGCGUGGACUGUAUCCAGCCCUGUUUGUAAAGCAAAAUGCUCUUACACUUUUUCUCUGUGGACACUACCACUCCGUCUUCCCUGAGAAACCCUGGCACAGCCCCUGAGGGUCAGUGAGCUGGGGCUGCCGAAAGCCCUGGGCGGUGGAGGUUGUACCUUGAACUGAGGGUCCUGGGGUGGCCUCCAUGGCCUGGCCUUAGGGAAUCCCCAACCCUCUCACACAAAAUGUGAGUUUCCAGAACACAGAGAUGUCUGUUACUGAAUAACGUGGAAAGAAAACACAUCUCAUUGAUGAAUUGAGAAGUCACAACUUGGGGAAAGACUAACAGCAAAUCUUGAU